AAAUACCCGGACGUUCUAUGUACGACGAAGAGGCAAUGAAAAGGCAGCUGGUGCACGGCUACGGAAAAAAGACUUCCAAUUUUAAUUCUUCGUUGAUUUCAGAGUACAGAUACUGUAUUGACGUGUAAUGUCUGGACAGGUGAAGGAUAAAGAAGCCUACCAAAGACUAAAUUAUCUUUACCAGGCUGCUCAUUGCGUUUUGUCCCAAAACCCUGAAAAUGUGGAGCUGGCUCGUUUCUACUGCUUUACUCAGCGGACCAUCGCCAAACGUCUUGUUCUGCGCCAGGAUCCAUCUGUGAAAAGAACAAUAUGCAAGAAGUGUUGCUCCCUGCUCAUCCCGGGUGUAACGACAACAACCAGACAACAACGGAAAAGGGGCAAAAAGAGUUGCUUCACGGUGCAGCGCUGUCUCUGCUGCAAGCGGAGCAAGAAGCUAUUGAACGACCCGGAUUAUUGCUUGUGGCAGGACCGCCCUGAAGCUCAAGCUCAGCCACAGCAAAAACAACCGGAUGAAGAUUCCUCCAGAAAACAAAAUCAGCCCAAAAAGACCAAACCGGAUCGGUCUGAUUGUUCCAAAGCCGGCACAAGUUCUGCCACCGCAGAGCAGAAGCCAGCAUGAAAUCACAUAAGGCAAUUUUGCAAAUUCUUUUUUUAUUGUAGCACAACCGACAAAUAAUUUUUUUAUUUCAGUCACUUUUAUGUUGGCUUGAACUGUUGACAGAGGCUGCAAAAAGAUGCAUUUGAUUUGUUAUAUUUAUUUUAUUGAAAACAACCAGCAAAAGGUCCCAGAAUUUUGCGACCUUUUUUUUUUGUUUUUGUCAUGUUGCCUUUCGAAAGGCGGAUUGUUCAAAUAAUUACAAAUUAAAAAAAUCUUUCAUUUCUUC